AAGUGACGUUACGUGUUGUAGGCGAGCUGUGCGUGUGGGUCGCUGUAAGCAGACUACAUGUCCCGUGAUCCAGUGCGGUUGGGAGAGGAAGUGACGGUGCAGUCUGUAGGCGGGCUGUAUCCGGGGCCUGGCUGCUCUCCUUCCUUUCCCGCCGGUGUGUGUGGCGGCUCCAUGUGCGCAGCUCGCCUCGGGCUCUCCCUCACCGCGGACAUGGACCCCACUCUGCUCAUCGAGGCCCUCCGGGGCACCAUGGACCCAGCCCUCCGGGAGGCGGCCGAGAGGCAGCUGAACGAGUCCCAUAAGUCUGUAAACUUUGUGUCAACUCUGCUGCAAGUCACGAUGUCUGAACAGCUGGACUUACCAGUAAGGCAAGCAGGUGUUAUUUAUUUAAAGAAUAUGAUUACUCAAUACUGGCCUGACCGAGAGGUGACUCCAGGAGAAUUGCCGCCUCAUACCAUCCCUGAAGAGGAUCGGCACUGCAUCCGAGAAAACAUCGUAGAAGCGAUUAUUCAGUCUCCUGAGCUAAUUAGAGUCCAACUUACAACCUGUAUCCAUCACAUUAUUAAACAUGAUUAUCCCAAUCGCUGGACUGCAGUCGUGGAGAAGAUUGGAUUUUACUUGCAGUCGGAUAACAGCGCUUGCUGGCUCGGCAUUCUCCUGUGUCUCUAUCAGCUAGUGAAAAACUAUGAAUAUAAGAAGCCAGAGGAGAGGAGCCCUCUGAUAGCUGCGAUGCAGCACUUCCUGCCGAUGUUGAAAGAUCGAUUCAUCCAGCUACUACCAGACCCCUCCGAGCAGUCUGUCCUCAUCCAGAAACAGAUAUUUAAGAUCUUCUACGCACUUGUCCAGUAUACUUUACCGCUGGAGCUAAUUAAUCAGCAGAAUCUUACUGAAUGGAUUGAGAUUCUGAAGACUGUUGUGGAUCGAGAUGUACCUGCUGAAACACUUCAAGUUGAUGAAGAUGACAGACCAGAGUUGCCUUGGUGGAAGUGCAAGAAGUGGGCUUUACACAUACUUGCCCGUAUGUUUGAAAGGUAUGGAAGCCCUGGGAAUGUCUCUAAGGAAUAUAAUGAAUUUGCUGAAGUCUUCCUGAAAGCCUUUGCCGCUGGUGUUCAGCAGGUCCUGUUGAAGGUUCUCUAUCAUUACAAGGAGAAGCAGUACCUGGCUCCCAGAGUCCUCCAGCAAACUCUGAACUAUCUGAACCAAGGAGUAUCCCAUGCUGUAACCUGGAAGAGCCUGAAGCCCCACAUCCACGGCAUUAUUCAAGAUGUCAUCUUUCCUCUGAUGUGCUACACAGACUCUGAUGAAGAGCUCUGGCAGGAGGAUCCGUAUGAAUAUAUCCGCAUGAAGUUUGAUGUUUUUGAGGAUUUUAUCUCUCCUACCACGGCCGCCCAGACCCUUCUCUUCACAUCUUGCAGUAAGAGAAAAGAGGUUCUCCAGAAGACGAUGGGUUAUUGUUAUCAGAUUCUCACAGAACCAACAACAGAUCCUCGUAAAAAAGAUGGGGCCCUGCACAUGAUCGGUUCCCUGGCAGAGAUUUUACUGAAGAAAAAAAUCUACAAAGAUCAGAUGGAGUUUAUGCUACAGAACCAUGUUUUCCCACUUUUCAGUAGUGAGCUGGGCUACAUGAGAGCUCGGGCAUGCUGGGUCCUUCACUAUUUCUGUGAAGUCAAAUUCAAAAUUGACCAAAACCUGCAGACAGCCCUAGAGCUGACCAGAAGGUGCCUGAUUGAUGACCGGGAGAUGCCAGUGAAGGUGGAGGCAGCCAUUGCUCUACAAGUUUUGAUAAGCAACCAAGAAAAAGCUAAGGAAUACAUUGCCCCGUAUAUCCGACCUGUGAUGCAAUCUUUACUGCACAUUAUCAGGGAGACAGAGAAUGAUGAUCUCACCAACGUGAUACAGAAAAUGAUCUGUGAAUACAGUGAAGAGGUCACUCCUAUUGCUGUGGAAAUGACACAGCAUCUGGCAAUGACUUUCAACCAAGUAAUCCAGACUGGGCCGGAGGAGGAAGGCAGUGAUGAUAAAGCUGUGACUGCAAUGGGAAUCUUAAACACCAUUGAUACUCUGCUCAGUGUAGUGGAAGAUCACAAAGAGAUUACCCAGCAGCUUGAAGGAAUCUGUCUGCAGGUGAUCGGAACAGUUCUCCAGCAACAUGUACUGGAAUUCUAUGAAGAGAUCUUCUCCCUGGCACACAGUCUCACCUGCCAGCAGGUCUCUGCUCAGAUGUGGCAGCUCUUACCCUUGGUGUUUGAGGUCUUCCAGCAGGAUGGAUUUGAUUACUUCACAGACAUGAUGCCCCUCUUGCAUAAUUACGUCACGGUGGAUACAGACACUCUUCUGUCUGACACAAAGUACCUGGAAAUGAUAUACAGCAUGUGUAAAAAGGUACUGACUGGCGUAGCUGGAGAAGAUGCGGAAUGUCACGCUGCCAAGCUUCUGGAGGUGGUCAUCUUGCAGUGUAAAGGCCGAGGCAUUGAGCAGUGUAUACCGCUGUUUGUGGAGGCAGCUUUGGAGAGGCUGACCAGGGAAGUUAAAACGAGUGAGCUUAGAACAAUGUGCCUGCAGGUGGCCAUUGCAGCUUUAUAUUACAGCCCUCCCCUUCUCCUAAACACGCUGGAAAACCUGCGCUUUCCCAACAACGUGGAGCCAGUCACCAACCACUUCAUCAAACAGUGGGUUAGCGAUGUUGACUGCUUCCUAGGACUACAUGAUAGGAAAAUAUGUGUUCUUGGUUUGUGUGCCCUUAUCGAACUUGAGCAGAGACCCCAAGUAUUAAAUCAAAUAUCUUCCCAAAUAUUGCCGGCGUUCCUCCUUCUGUUUAAUGGGUUGAAAAGGGCAUAUGCCUGUCAUGCAGAGCAAGAGAACGACAGUGAUGAUGAUGAGGAUGGAGAAGAAGAUGAUGAAGCAGAGCUGGGAAGUGAUGAAGAUGACAUUGAUGAGGAUGGGCAGGAAUACCUGGAGAUUUUAGCCAAACAAGCUGGGGAGGAUCUGGAUGAUGAUGAUUGGGAGGAAGAUGAUGCUGAGGAGACUGCGUUAGAAGGUUAUACUACCCUUAUUGAUGAUGAAGACAAUCCAGUUGAUGAAUAUCAAAUAUUUAAAGCUAUAUUUCAGAAGCUUCAAGCUCGGGAUCCAGUUUGGUAUCAAACACUUACUCAAGGACUCAGUGAAGAACAAGGGAAACAAUUACAUGAUAUAGCGACGCUGGCAGAUCAGAGGCGGGCAGCUCACGAAUCCAAAAUGAUUGAAAAACAUGGAGGGUACAAAUUCAACGCUCCAGUUGUGCCAAGCUCGUUCAAUUUUGGAGGCCCUGCCCCAGGAAUGAAUUGAGCAUUCUCUUCCUUUCCUGCUAACGUGUGACUGAUUGUAGUGAAAACGCUUGUGUUCCUCCCAGUAGUGGUUCCGGAACAGGUUCAUGUCAUUCGAAGCUCACUCUGAACUAAUAAUGACUUUGCAAUUGGACAUCAGAAUCUGGAACAUGUGAGAGCGGAUCAUGCAACUUGAGCCUGGGACAGCGAACAGAGGGUUUAUAUUUUUUUUCCUUUGACAAUAGUAAGAGCUCAACAUCCAAGCUUCUAAAACACUGAGGAAAUCUGAAGCCUGCGGGGGGAAAUGUCACAGAAGCAAAAAAGACCAUUAAUGUGGGCAGUGGGACUACUUAAAAUCUUACAGUGCACAUGAGGGCCAAUAUGCAUUUUACUUCACCAGUUUUAGUGUACGAGCAGAUGCCAUAUUACUUGCCUCAAAUGUCCAUUCUUUUAUUGUAAAAUAAACAGAGGCAAUGUAAGUAUAGCCUUUCUGGGGCUAAUCAAUUCCAUUUCCAAAUGUACUUGACUGUUCUUAAUGUAGAAUGUUGAACACUUGUAGCACUACACAGAUAAUUAAAUAUGUAAAUGAACAGCACUUUUAUAUGAAAGUAUCCUACUCGCCCCGUGUACAAAUUGGCAAAUGAUUUGCUGUUUAUACAUUCACAUAAGGGAUGAACUAGGGACAGCUUCAAGUUUAACUUAAAAUGAACUAGCCGUUUUGUACCUUGGUGACAUCUGGGCAGUCACUUUCUGGUUGUGACUUGAAUUUGGUUAUGUAAAAAGGGGUAAUUAAUAUUUCAUUGCUGCUACAAUUGGCAACACCCUCUGUGUCCUUUGUCUUUCUUAAAGCUCUAAAUGUUACGAGUUAAAUUUGGAUACAAAAGCGUAAUAAUGUAGGCACUGAGAGAAACAUCAUUUAUCUGCUGAAGCAUGUAAUAUUGGACAUGAAGCUCUAUUCUUAGAGUUUGAUUGAAGUGUGUGGAUGAAACAUCUAUAUAUGCAAUCUAUUAAAAUAAGAGAAGAAUUUGGCUAA